UCAGCCGUCACACAAUCUUCAACGCCUGUCGUCCAGGUGACGUCUGCUUCAAUCACUGCUUCAGCAUCAUCGUCAACCAUGACACAAUCUUCAACACCUGUUCUCCAAUCCACGUCAGCUACAAUCACUCCUACAACAUCAUCGUCAGCUGUGACACAAUCUUCAACAUCUGUUGUCCAGUCGGCGUCUUCUACAACCGCUGCUUCAACAUCAUCGUCAGCUGUGACACAAUCUUCAACACCUGUUGUCCAGUCGAUGUCUGCCGCCAUCGCUGCUUCAGCAUCAUCGUCAACUGUAACACAAUCUACAACGCCUGUUGCCCAGCCGACGUCUAAUACAAUCGCUACUUCUGCAUCAUCCUCAACGUCUGUUGCCAAAUUGACCAUCAUCUUCAAAGUUUGUUUCCCAAUCGUCUUCUCCCACAACGGCUUCUUCCCCAUCAUCCUCAACGCCUGUUGCUCAGACGACAUCUGCUACAAUCACUCCUUCAACGUCCUCAUCAGCCGUCACACAAUCUUCAACGCCUGUCGUCCAGGUGACAUCGUCUUCUCCUACAACGGCUUCUUCCCCAUCAUCCUCAACGCCUGCUGCUCAGACGACAUCUGCUACAAUCACUCCUUCAACAUCCUCAUCAGCCGUCACACAAUCUUCAACGCCUGUCGUCCAGGUGACUCGAUGUCUGCCGCCAUCGCUGCUUCAGCAUCAUCGUCAACUGUAACACAAUCUACAACGCCUGUUGCCCAGCCGACGUCUAAUACAAUCGCUGCUUCUGCAUCAUCCUCAACCAUCAUCUUCAAAGUUUGUUUCCCAAUCGUCUUCUCCCACAACGGCUUCUUCCCCAUCAUCCUCAACGCCUGUUGCUCAGACGACAUCUGCUACAAUCACUCCUUCAACGUCCUCAUCAGCCGUCACACAAUCUUCAACGCCUGUCGUCCAGUUUGUUUCCCAAUCGUCUUCUCCCACAACGGCUUCUUCCCCAUCAUCCUCAACGCCUGUUGCUCAGACGACAUCUGCUACAAUCACUCCUUCAACGUCCUCAUCAGCCGUCACACAAUCUUCAACGCCUGUCGUCCAGUCGAUGUCUGCCGCCAUCGCUGCUUCAGCAUCAUCGUCAACUGUAACACAAUCUACAACGCCUGUUGCCCAGCCGACGUCUGCUACAAUCGCUACUUCUGCAUCAUCCUCAACGUCUGUUGCCAAAUCGACGUCUGUCACAAUUGCUGCUUCAGUAUCCCCCUCAACGCCUUUUGUGCAGUCGACUUUUGCUACAAUCACUCCUUCGACAUUAUCUUCAGCAUCAUCUUCAAAGUUUGUUUCCCAAUCGUCUUCUCCCACAACGGCUUCUUCCCCAUCAUCCUCAACGCCUGUUGCUCAGACGACAUCUGCUACAAUCACUCCUUCAACAUCCUCAUCAGCCGUCACACAAUCUUCAACGCCUGUCGUCCAGCAUCAUCUUCAAAGUUUGUUUCCCAAUCGUUUUCUCCCACAACGGCUUCUUCCCCAUCAUCCUCAACGCCUGUUGCUCAGACGACAUCUGCUACAAUCACUCCUUCAACGUCCUCAUCAGCCGUCACACAAUCUUCAACGCCUGUCGUCCAGGUGACGUCUGCUUCAAUCACUGCUUCAGCAUCAUCGUCAACCAUGACACAAUCUUCAACACCUGUUCUCCAAUCCACGUCAGCUACAAUCACUCCUACAACAUCAUCGUCAGCUGUGACACAAUCUUCAACAUCUGUUGUCCAGUCGGCGUCUUCUACAACCGCUGCUUCAACAUCAUCGUCAGCUGUGACACAAUCUUCAACACCUGUUGUCCAGUCGAUGUCUGCCGCCAUCGCUGCUUCAGCAUCAUCGUCAACUGUAACACAAUCUACAACGCCUGUUGCCCAGCCGACGUCUAAUACAAUCGCUACUUCUGCAUCAUCCUCAACGUCUGUUGCCAAAUUGACGUCUGUCACAAUUGCUGCUUCAGUAUCCCCCUCAACGCCUUUUGUGCAGUCGACUUUUGCUACAAUCACUCCUUCGACAUUAUCUUCAGGUGUCACACAAUCUUCAAUACCUGUUGUCCACAUCAUCUUCAAAGUUUGUUUCCCAAUCGUCUUCUCCCACAACGGCUUCUUCCCCAUCAUCCUCAACGCCUGUUGCUCAGACGACAUCUGCUACAAUCACUCCUUCAACGUCCUCAUCAGCCGUCACACAAUCUUCAACGCCUGUCGUCCAGUCGAUGUCUGCCGCCAUCGCUGCUUCAGCAUCAUCGUCAACUGUAACACAAUCUACAACGCCUGUUGCCCAGCCGACGUCUGCUACAAUCGCUACUUCUGCAUCAUCCUCAACACGACAUCUGCUACAAUCACUCCUUCAACGUCCUCAUCAGCCGUCACACAAUCUUCAACGCCUGUCGUCCAGGUGACGUCUGCUUCAAUCACUGCUUCAGCAUCAUCGUCAACCAUGACACAAUCUUCAACACCUGUUCUCCAAUCCACGUCAGCUACAAUCACUCCUACAACAUCAUCGUCAGCUGUGACACAAUCUUCAACAUCUGUUGUCCAGUCGGCGUCUUCUACAACCGCUGCUUCAACAUCAUCGUCAGCUGUGACACAAUCUUCAACACCUGUUGUCCAGUCGAUGUCUGCCGCCAUCGCUGCUUCAGCAUCAUCGUCAACUGUAACACAAUCUACAACGCCUGUUGCCCAGCCGACGUCUGCUACAAUCGCUACUUCUGCAUCAUCCUCAACGUCUGUUGCCAAAUUGACGUCUGUCACAAUUGCUGCUUCAACGCCUGUUGCCCAGCCGACGUCUGCUACAAUCACUGCUUCAGCAUCAUCUUCAAAGUUUGUUUCCCAAUCGUCUUCUCCCACAACGGCUUCUUCCCCAUCAUCCUCAACGCCUGUUGCUCAGACGACAUCUGCUACAAUCACUCCUUCAACGUCCUCAUCAGCCGUCACACAAUCUUCAACGCCUGUCGUCCAGGUGACGUCUGCUUCAAUCACUGCUUCAGCAUCAUCGUCAACCAUGACACAAUCUUCAACACCUGUUCUCCAAUCCACGUCAGCUACAAUCACUCCUACAACAUCAUCGUCAGCUGUGACACAAUCUUCAACAUCUGUUGUCCAGUCGGCGUCUUCUACAACCGCUUCUUCAACAUCAUCGUCAGCUGUGACACAAUCUUCAACACCUGUUGUCCAGUCGAUGUCUGCCGCCAUCGCCUGUUUCCCAGCAUCAUCGUCAACUGUAACACAUCCUACAACGCCUGUUGCCAGCAGACGUCUGACAAUCACUGCUUCAGCAUCAUCUUCAAAG